AUUGGUAGUUGUCAGCACGGAUUGGUUUGUCAUGGACCAACCAAAUUACUAACCCUGCUUAAUGCAGGAAAAAAAUUAAAUUUGAGUGUAAAUUUGACCGCUGUGUCCUCGGACUUGUUUAGCCACAAAGACCUUCGUCUUCUCGCUCGGUGUUGGGCUUCUGCGGGGGGAAUCAUGAGCUCUCUGCUGCACUAAUGAGGAUUGAACAUAUUAAGUCAUGGAGCAGUACACCACUGCCACCACUACAACAGGGGAGCAGAUUGUUGUGCAGACUGCUAAUGGACAGAUCCAGCAGCAGACACAAGGCACAGUAACGGCUGUGCAGCUGCAAGCAGAGGCGCCAGGCCAGCAGGUGCAGACACUCCAGGUAGUCCAGGGACAGCCCCUAAUGGUACAGGUGAGCGGCGGACAGCUCAUCACAUCUUCAGGGCAGCCCAUCAUGGUGCAAGCCAUGUCAGGAAGUCAGGGCCAGACCAUAAUGCAAGUUCCUGUGUCCGCAGCUCAAGGUCUGCAGCAGAUCCAGCUGGUGCAGCCUGGUCAGAUACAGCUGCAAGGCGGGCAGACUCUGCAGCUCCAAGGCCAGCAGGGUCAGCCUCAGCAAAUCAUCAUCCAGCAGCCCCAGACAGCUAUAACUGCUGGACAGAACCAGAGCCAGCAGAUCAGCGUACAGGGGCAACAGGUGGCACAGACAGCAGACGGACAGACCAUCGUCUACCAGCCCGUCAGCGCAGAUGGUUCUGUUCUGCAGCAGGGAAUGAUCACAAUUCCCGCGUCCAGCCUGGCAGGUGCCCAAAUAGUACAAGCAGCAGGGGGCGCCAACACCAACACUAGCAACAGCGGCCAAGGCACUGUGACCGUCACCCUGCCUGUCUCUGGCAACAUGGUCAAUACAGGUGGAAUGGUCAUGGUAAGAUCCUGUUCAGAGAUGGUGCCUGGCGGUGGUGGCGUUCCCACAAUGCAGCGUAUCCCCCUGCCAGGGGCCGAAAUGCUGGAAGAGGAGCCUCUGUACGUCAAUGCCAAACAGUAUCAUCGUAUCCUGAAGCGAAGACAAGCCCGGGCCAAGCUGGAGGCUGAGGGCAAGAUCCCCAAGGAGAGGAGGAAAUACUUACACGAGUCUCGUCACCGCCAUGCUAUGCAGCGUAAGCGUGGAGAUGGAGGACGGUUCUUCUCCCCUAAAGAAAAGGAGGAGGCGGCUUUAGGCCUAUCACAACAGGAAAUAGCCCCAGCAGCAUCAGAUGAGACCGUGACUCAGAUGAUCAGAGUGUCGUAGCAUUAUCCCUGACAUCGUGGCCUGCCUGAGACUCUUCUUCCCAGCUAAGCAUUCGACACACUCUUCAGUAGGUCCUCCUCGCCUCAACACAACCAGCGGUGCUUUCACUGUGGGGUUUUUUCUUCUCUCUCAACUUCUUCACUGGUCUUCCAGGGAGCUGGCUGCGUCACAGCUAAGCCAGUGAAAAUCUCUGUUCUUCUUCUUUAAAAUGGAGGACGUUAUCAUGUUGGCUGAGCCCUGUUUUGUUUUUGUUUUUUCUUAAGGAUUUUUUGGCAACUCCUCACACAGAGGAAAAGACAGUCAUGAAGCCAUACUCUGUCAUACCCUGGUCUGUUGAAAAUUCGUUGAUUUGUCUCCAGUUGACACUUUUGCUUUAAACAGUUUUAUAAAUGGUACCUUUUUUGUUUUUUGAGGCAUUUGUUAAUUUACGCCAACCUGCUGUUUAUAUCAUUGAUUCCUGCUUUAUACAAAAAAUAUAAUUAUUUAAAUCCAUGUACUUUUUGGACUUGUCUUAUGGCUGCAUAGUACAUGGUACUCCACAGAUGUGAUAGUAAUGUGAAGACAUUGUAUAGAAGGACUUUUGUUCCCCAUACAAGUUUUGUGGAUGCAUUUUAUACACUUUAUGGAUGGACUUAGUGCUUUGCUGGAAAAAAAAGUGUUUCUUUGUAUUACACACUUCAUUCAUGCAUAGUUGAAAACCUUUCAUCUGUAAGUCCACCUAGGAGUUUUUUUUUUCUUUGUAGAUAGAGAUUUUUAUCCAUCAAUGUUAAUAUUUUUUUUAUAAUUGUGAAAAGGUCAUUGUCUUCAAUAACAACCUGUCAAUUAAAAUUUUAUUACGAAACUCUA